AUGUACGUUCUAGUAGUAAAUGAACGGUUGAAUUCCGAGGGAUUACAAAGUGGAUCUUUCUCCCGUCCAUUUUCCACUCGACCUGGGAUCGGAUUUGCCAUAGUCGAAAUCAGGUCGCUUCGUCGCGCAGAUGCUUUUAAGGAAGCAUCGACUGCCGGUCUCUGUGCCGGGCACGUUCAAGCUAAGGUGAUCAUCCUUCCACAAAAGUAUGCCGAUGAUUUUCGAUGGCUCUGUCUAAGGAAUCCGGUCUCGUGUCCUCUCUUCAGGGAGACAAAACCAGGAGAUGCACGUGUACCGGAACAUCUUGCAUCUAACAGUAAUAUUUGCACUGACUGCCCACUGUAUAACAUCUACCGAGACGGCGUGUUUGUUGAGAGCAAGAGGAGUCUUGAAGAUUACUGGCAGCCGGAUUCUAUCGCCUUCUUCUUGGAUAGCGGGCUUACUUCACGGCACACGGGAUUGGGGAGAAAUGUGCCUAUGUACAGAACCAACGUACCACUGAUGGCUACAGGAGCUUUUAGCGGACUUAUGGUCGUUUCUACACGACCGUAUCCCAUCUCUCAAAUCUCGAAGGUUCACAACAAUGGCGCCAAGGCGCUCGGAUUGACUGAUUUCGACGGUUCGAACCCGGACUUUGGGGAUCCCUCGGAAAUACGCGAAGGGGAGGUCGCUGUAUACUGGGGUUGCAACGUAACUCCGCAAGUAGCAGUAAUGGACAGUAAGAUUGACGGCAUUGUCAUGGGACAUGAGCCAGGACAGAUGUUGGUGCUGGACAUAGUGAACCAGGCUGUGUGUAAGGGAGAGCUGUAG